UGCGCCUACCGAGGAGGAAGGACAAACCUCUCCUCUCUAGAGCGCGCAAGGUGGGAGAAGAAGAACCGAACCGACCACAAUGAGGUGGUGAUAUAAUCAGACAUCUAGGCUUGACUAGGAAGUCAUCAUAAUAUGAAUGGAUUUGGUUGCGGAUCAACACUCUGGAACUACACUACAAACGCCGGCAAUCAGUUUGGCAAAAGUCUACGUCUGCGCGCGGGACGCACGGCACAUUUAACGCACCUUCCUUCUCCAGUGGACAUGGAAGCAGACGACAUUAUUUCAAGCCAAUGACCUAAAAGUUGCCAGGCGUGUGUGUGUGUGUGUGUGUGUGUGUUACUUUCACACCCAGACUUCUUGGGCUGUUUGGGUGAAGAGGGUUCAAUCGAGUUCACCGGACCUUGUCGUGAAGUGAUCCGGGGAUGGAACCGGAGGAGGGGAAACUCUCCGUGUGGGUCUGCCGGGAGGAGAAGCUGGUCUCCGGCGUGUCCAAACGAACCACCUGCGCCGAUGUGGUCAAAGUCCUCCUGGAGGACCAGAACGUGCAGCAGGGCGCAUCGGCGUCCAUGCUGUCCGGUCCCCCGCAGUCCUACUGCGUGGUGGAGAAAUGGAGAGGCUUCGAGAGGAUCUUACCCAACAAGACCAAAAUCCUCCGCCUGUGGAGCGCUUGGGGCGAAGAACAGGAGAACGUGCGCUUCGUCCUAGUGAAAAACGAGGCGUCGCUGCCCAACAACGGACCGCGGAGCGCGGAGGCGCGCGUUGUGCAGAGCAAAGACAGCAGCUGUCCCGCCGGCCUCGGAGGGGUGCCGCUGAAGGGGUCCGCCAAGGCCGGCUGGACCGCCGCGGCGGGCGCCAACCUCUCGCAGCAGGACAAGCAGAGACGCGUGGUGAGGAAGGCCUUCAGGAAGCUGGAUAAGAUGAACAAAAAGAGAGAGGAGACGAACGUCUCCAAAGACAAAGUCUCCAUGGAGAAAAUGGAGACGCUGGUCCACUUGGUGAUUUCCCAGGACCACACCAUUCGCCAGCAGAUCCAUAGGAUCAAGGAGCUGGACAAGGAGAUAGAGAGGUAUGAGGCAAAGGUGCACUUUGACAGGAUCAAGAGACACGGCGUCAACUAUGUGCAGGACACAUAUAUGGUGGAGAUGAGUGCGGAGAUUAAAACUUUUUCAGACUGCAAACGCAAAGCCGGGUGGCUGGACGCGCGCGGCGCGACCACCACGGAGGCGGUCGCGCAGUUUGAGGAAUACGCGAGCAGGUGCGAGGAGAUGGUGCGUCUCGAGGAGGAACUAACGGAACGAGAGGCGCUCGUGGAGAGCAUCACCGGCCAGCUGCAAGAGGAGCUCAACCAGCGGUGGAUGAGGCGGCGGCGCGAGGAGCUGGGGGGUCGGGACGCGGAGAGCCUCGGGGGCUCGGCCGACAUCACCCUGUCCGUGGCCGCUGCUACCGCCGCACCUGAGCCCCUGCCCCACCCCCGAGCCCCUCCCGCCGCCGCAGAAGCAGACGUGGAGGGCCUGUCGGAGAACGACCUGGCGCUGGAGGAGGAGAGGAUCAAGACUCAGCUGGACACCAGUCUGUACAUCGGCCUGCGACUCAACACGGACUUACAGACGGUCAAAGGAGACCUUGACCUCAGUCUCGACAUGUGGGAGGCCAAGGAGAAGGAACUGUUGGACCUACUGGCAAAGGUGGAGACGAUGGAGGUGGAAAGGUUGAAUAAAGAACUGACCGUCUGUGAGCAGGGUGGCGCAGGGACGACGGUGGUGGUGGAGGCCCAGGUCUCCUCCUCUUCUUCUCCUGCUGCUAUGGAUAAGGGCAGCGGCUGGGUGGACCAGGCGAGAGGUCUGUCCAGUACGUGCAUUAUGAACGACGACGACUCGGACACGGGACUCAGUUCCAUGCACAGCCAGGACUCAGACAACCCGCCCGUCUGCGAGUCACUGGUAUGACCUCGCGAACAGGACUACACCGCGCUACUUAAUAUGCAAUAUGAAAGACACACACUCAGGGGCAUUGACAUCUGUGUUGACGUUCACCGUGCAAGGAAAUAUCAAUCGUUCGUUCUCUCUUACAAAAAUACAAUGCAAAAUCGCACCUCAGUUCAGUUUCAGUUUACUGCGCCUCCACCGUUGCAACGAGACAACUUACCACGAGUCCAUGAACAACAUAGAGACGGAUAGCAUUGCCCUUCAGAUCUAGGACACAUUCUUGUUUCAGGCAUGGCCUCUAAUAUAGCAAUAACUAUCAUAUUUGGUAGGCAGACCAGUAAUAUGUGAAGAUAAGUGUGAUCCUGAAGUAUUAACACAUAACACAUGUACUCAUAGCAUGCAUUAUGAAUAUAUAGUGUGUUAAGGUCAACUUGGUUAAAGUUUGUUUGUUAUCUAUAUAUUUUUAUCAGGCAGUAAGUGUGACAAUAUGGCAGUGUUUAUUUGUUCGAAAGGCACUGUUAAAAAUCUAGACUAGGCCUAGGCCUAUCUAACCACAAUGUGUAGAAAAGAUUUGUUUUCUUUUUUUUGCUACACUCCAAGUCUUCCCUAUGCUGAUAUCAAAUAACGUGUAAAAAACCCACAAAAGGAUAACAUUGAUUUAUCUCUUUCUCCAAACUUCAGGCACAUUUAAUACUUUGGGUUUAGCUCUCAAACCAAUCUUGCUGAUGUUCUGAUUUGACGCGAAUAUUAGACCCAGAUGGAUUAAAAUAUAUGUAUAGGCCUACUGACAUUGUAAACAUUAAGGGAUAGAGAAUGAUACAAAGUGGUCUUCACUUUGACAUUUUGCCAGGAGCCCUUAUGUAGUUAAAAAAAUGACGAAUAAGGAUUUUUUAUUAUUAUCAAAGUAUUUUGAUAAUCCUAUACCCAUUGGGUCUAAGAAUCUAAAAGUAUUUCUUAUGUUUGGAACCAAGACAGCUUUUGCUCAGCUAGUUUGUAAUAUUGUUAGUAUUAAUUCACUUUUCAGUCAAAUCUGUUGUUGUUUGAAGAUGAGGAAAUUGCAAUAGAUCACCAUACUAAAUACAGUGCAUAGAUCAUUUUUGUUGCGCAUCAAAUUCCCAUGUCAGGUUAGUUGUCAUGUUUUGCAGAUCUAUUGACUCUCAUACUUGUGCUUCAGGUUGCUCUCUGGUUCUUUCAUGUUUCCCAUAUGCCUUCAUUCCAACACACAACCCUUUCAAAAACCCUGAGAUCAACAGUAACAUCACAAUACAAGUACUUAUUUAGAUGGCCAACCAAGUCUUAAAUAACUUCUAAAUAUAGUAUUGCGUCUCUUCAUUUCUCUAAACUGGAAUCAGUCAUGCCUUUCCUAAGGUGUUUCAAAGACCAAACGUACUGUGUGUGUACAUGUGUGUGUGUGUGUGUACGUGUGUGUGUAUACCUGUGUGUAUGUGUGUGUGUGUGUGUGUGUGUGUGUGUGUGUGUGUGUGUGUGUGUGUGUGUGUGUGUGUGUGUGUGUGUGUGUGUGUGUGUGUGUCUGUGUACGUGUGUGUGUUUGUGUGUUACACUAGAUGCAUCCAUUAAUGUAGGUCUUGGAAUAAAUAUGAGCUCAAACAUCCAGUUAAUGUUGUGCAUAUGAACUCAAUAACCAAUAGAUCAAAGUAAAAGCUUAAGCCCUGUAGCAAUGGCUUUUAACAUCGGAUUCCCAAUCCAAAUAACCCGAUCAAUACGAUGGACAGCAUCAUUCUGUACACUAAACUCAAUGCCUGUAUGUUUGCCGUUUCCUUUGUUUGUCUUGACAAUUGCAAGUGUACUUCUGUCUAUCGAAAGGUAAAAUGUCACUUCCUGCAAACAGACAUUUCCUCCGACUGCUUGACAUUGUGCUCCGUGGUUCAAUCAACCGUGGACGCGUCCAGUCACCACCGUGUCUGUUCAACACUGACACACCGACCAUCGCUGUUGAAAUAAACAGUAUAACAUUAUGUUCUGCCUUGUGGUGUGUUUUCAUUCCAAUCGAUCGACCUGUGGAUAAGAUAUUGUCGAUUGAUUAAUUUUUCCAUAUUUGUAGGCCUAUAGUAGUUCAAUGUUGGCUGUUGUUUAAAAUGAAGGUGGUUUAUGGGAAUGUUCUGAAUGUACCGCCGCUCCGCCUGUGGACAGUGCCUUGUCAGAGAAAGGUGUGGCUGCGUUUCAGGGUUUGUGCGUACGUCAAACUUGUCUGAUGCACAACCUAAUUGCAGUUGGCUGAUAAUCCCGAGAGCAAAUGCCCUUUUAACAAGCAUGCAUUCCAGACUGUAAACAGACUUUAGCUACCAAUGUAAUGCUGAUCUCUGUGUGACAUCUAGAAGAUUGACUGCAGUGACACUGAUGCAUCACUGCACAUAGUAGAUGCACCAGUGUCAUUGUAGGAUUUUCAAAUAUCGAUGAUCAAAUCUUAGGAUGAAACAAACCUAUCUAUAUUAUAACCUCAUGUAACUUAUAUUGCCUUUGAAUAGACGUAGCAAGGCUAGAUUAUAGUUUAGGUUAUAGAUAGGUUAUAGUUUACAUGCAGACCGGAAUAUAUAAAACAUGCCAUGGGGUAGCCAAGCCAAUGUAUAGAUAUAUUUCCUACUUCUAUGUAAUGUACUUUAUACUUCUGAGAAAUCUUCCUCCUACUUCUAGGUUAUCUGCUUCCAGUUUCAUGUAAUUUAAUUCGAAAAACAAUAAACCACACUUA